UCGCGCGGAGAAGAGAGGCGGCGGAGAGAGCGAGAGGGAAAACCAGGAGAUAGUAUUAAAACCCACGACCAUGGGGUCUUGUAUGUACAGUGGUGAUACGACUAAAGCCCAUCUUUUCUCGUCUUCAUUCUUCAAAGGACAAGUAUCGGUCUCUUUUUCCGGCUAUAUGUAACAACAUGACAGGCGUUUGCAACGAAUGCUCCCGUUUUCCUUACAUCUCAAUUCGUUCGCGGAAGAUUCAUCAGUGGGGCUCGGCAGCGCUGCUUGUCUCUCAUUUGAACCGUUCGGUCUAAUGGGAGUCGUAUAGCUUCAUUAUUAACACUCUGACGGUGGUGGUGAAUGGCAAAUAAUGCGUCUAAUCCAGUUUUUCCAAGACCAUUGUUUUGUGCAAUGUGAGCUUGAUCGACUCUGCUGUGUCGUUACGUGUUGAGAGGAGGGAGGAUCUUCCCCAUCAUUGUUGAAUCACGCUUUGGGCUUAACGCUUCGGUCUUCCGUCAUUUGGAAACCAUUUGGAUGUGAUACUAAAUAAAGCCAGAAACCUGGACCUGGACCUGGGGAGACAGUGGGCCUGGGGAGACAGUGCAGACCUUUGUGUAAUUUGUAUAAAAACAUUUUUAUCUCCAUAUUUUAGAGACCCCGGAGUGUGCAUAUCAAAAGCGUAGCUGAAGGACCAUUGAAGAAGAAAGGGGGGAGACGAGGAGAUUACGAGGUAACGCCAGGGGUGGGGAAAAUGCUGCCUUCGCAAGAAGCCUCCAAGAUUUACCAUGACAACUACAUGCGAAAUUCACGGGCCAUUGGGGUUCUGUGGGCUAUUUUCACCAUAUGUUUGGCCAUUAUUAACGUGGUGGUGUUCAUUCAGCCCUACUGGAUUGGGGACAGCGUGAACACCCCACACGCCGGCUACUUCGGCUUGUUCCACUACUGCGUGGGCACUGGGAACUCCAACCGGGAGCUCACCUGCCAAGGAACCUUCGCCGAAUUCAGCAGCAUCCCUUCGAGCGCAUUUAAAGCGGCAACCUUCUUCGUGUUGCUGUCCAUGGUGCUGAUCUUGGGAUGCAUCGCCUGCUUCAUCCUCUUCUUCUUCUGCAACACCGCCACUGUCUACAAGACCUGCGCUUGGAUGCAGCUGUUAUGUGCUGUGUGUUUGAUCCUGGGCUGUAUGAUCUUUCCGGAUGGCUGGGACUCGGAAGUGGUGCGCGACAUGUGUGGCGAGGAGACAGGGAAGUACACGCUGGGGAACUGCUCGGUGCGCUGGGCCUACAUGCUGGCUAUCGUUGGCAUCAUGGACGCCCUCAUCCUCUCCUUCCUGGCCUUCGUGCUGGGCAACCGGCAGAACGACUUCCAGCUGGAGGAGCAGCUUAAAGCAGAACAAAAAGAUUUUGCAGUGUCCAGGCAUCUCCACCUUGGCUCCACCCUCAGGAUGGACGGAAUUGAAAUCCGGGAGACCAAGGAUCCACGAUACGGAGUCCAACGGUUCCACUGAGCACCCCCCCUCCCCCCAACAGUUUCAGACCCUCCUCUUCAUCUCCUCUGCUCAUUCGCCCCCAAAGACCAUAGCUCUUCAGGUCUAACAACUGAUCUCAGAGUGGAGCUGUCUGUAAAAUAGAACUGAAAUGGAAGAUAUUCAAAAAGAGAAACAAUUUGAAAUAGAAAUGAUAAAAAGGAAUAUGAUCAGCUUUAUACAACUCCGGGGAAAAAAAUUGAUAUACAGUAUUAAUUAAUUAUCACAUAAUAUUACUAUAAUAAAGGUAAUGAAGUUAAUGAUGAUGCUUGCAGCAGGCAUAUUCUAUGAAAAUCUACAUAUUUUUAUUCAGAAUGGAAAAUGAGUCAUUUCCAGCUUUAAAAAUAACCUUUUAAGAAGUGCAUUUGUACAAGUGGGUGCUACUUCUGAGAUAUCUAAUAAAAGAAGACAAAAAAGGAAGAAAAAAACACAAACAAGAAUUUUGUACAGCGACAGUAAUUUUGAAGACCAUCUUUUUUUCUGACAGAUUUUCAACUUCCCCCUUUUUGUACAUGAGGUCUGGUCCCAGGAAAUACAAAAGAAAAAGACGUGUAAAUAAGGUGUUUCUAUGGAAACAGGGUAGAAAUAGCAUUUAUUACCCCAUAAUUAUCAUCCCUUGAAACCCUUCGGAAUAGCAACCCCUUUCUGAUCAUCGUCUUGGAAAAAGGAAGUGUGGAUUAUCUGCACCAUUUCUUCUCUUCUCCCCGUGUAAUUUGAUCUACCAACAUCCUUGAACCAGAAAAGCCAACAGGAGCAACGACAGUGGUAAUGGACCGAAUUAAUUGACAGGCAUUGUAAAGAAAAGACUUCACUGCUGUCAACUCUUUCAAUCUACAGAAUUUCAGUCACAGUCCUGCAUCUAAACUCACACUCUUAGGAAAAAAAGGGUUCUGAUAGAACCCUUUUUGGUUCUAUCACUUGUUUCAAAUAUGGAACCCUUUUAUAGGGUUCUUUGAUCAGAACUCCAAGGGUUAUUUUUCACUGAAACAAAAUUGGUUCCAUAAUGGUGGUAUGGUGCCAUUUAUGAAUUAUGGUUAAUGCUAAUAAAUUGUCAUAUUUUUAGCUAACAAUAUAAUUUAAUAAACAAUAAAUGAUGGAGAAAAGAAUACCAGCAUAGUUUUGAGAUUUUACUGUCAUUAUAUACAAACAUAGUUUGGAAAUAUGCACUGGUGGCCAAGGAGGCAUCUGUUUGAAUGAUGGGCCACGUCAAUAUUGGUACCAACUCUAGCUGACUUCUGUAUGGAACAGUACAGUAAGGGUUGUUUUCUAGGCUGGUUCCUGAAAAAAAGGACCAAAAACCCGAGUUUAAUCUUCAGAAAUAAGCAUGAGUUGAUCUGCCAAAAUGAAGACAAAAUUGUAGAAGAACAACGUACAUAGAGUUGUCAGCAGCAGCCGAAAGAGAUCCUCUGAUAGUUGGGUUACUGCCAGACUGAGUAAAACAGAUAGUGUGUUAAAAGUCAUGUAAUGAUUAACUAUUAGGCGAUUAGGCUAUUGAAUCACCAAGACUUAUAAAUAAUGAGGAAUAAUUUAGAUGCAUACCUCCUCUGUCAGCCCACUGCCCAUCACUUGCAUUCUUUAGAGGUCAGCAACAGUCUUCUAAUGGCUUCAUGAAACAUAGUCCCCUCAUCUGACUACUGUGAAAUACUGAAAUAAAAGUAACAAUUAUCUAAUAGCCAAUGUCAGGCUGGGUCUGUAGCUCUAUUUGUCAUAUUCAAUAAUAAAAAGUAAUGUUUUUUUGUAAGAGUUACUAAUAACUGAGCUAACUAGCUUGUAAAGUGUCUAAUUAAACUAGGCUAAUUUCUUGUCUAGCUAGCUAGAUAACAAAUGGUGCUCAAAUUCUAAUACAACUUUAUCUAUCUAUCUAGAAUAGCUAGUUUAUCAUAUGACUGGUGUCAUAUUUGAAUGAAAUAAUAAAGUUUACUUAUUGGAAAAUGGAAAAAUAACAUGCUUAUUGGUAGGCUAUUUGCAAGUUUAACCACCGUCAUGCUGGAAUGGCAGUUGGUUUUUGAAUCAGAAUGGCAGUUAACAUUUGAAUAGAUCAUAAGGUUCUACAUAGAACCCCUUUUUUUUAAUCUAAGAGUAUAUGUUUUGAUUAAAACACAUGAUUUAUUCUUGCUUUUAGCUAGCAUUUAGUUUGCAACAGAUUUGUAUGAACCUUGCUGUUUGCCACUCCGACCUCGGCAACAAUGUUACAAAACGCGAAUUCGAUCUCCCGCCUGCCAUAGUGUUUAAAAAUGUCAGACGUCAGCUAGCCAUUUUUCUGACCAGGCGAUGGAUCUCCCCUAAAAUGUGUUGGUGUUAAGUCCUUGGUCUUUUUAUAUUCCUGAAUUAUCAUUCAUACCUUCGAUUGGGAAAAUUGUAAACUUCACAGUCCCAAACCAAAGAAUGAGGAAAACCCUAGUGAAAGUUAAACAAGGUUAAGACAUGUCUAGCAGUGGUUGCAUAACAUUAGCUGAACAUUUGUUGCUGUAUGAAAGAAAAAUGAGUCUAUCGCAACCUAAUGGUACAAGCAAAAUAGCCUCUGUUUUUCAUACGGUCAUCUUAAUAUCAUUGUGAAAGCAGGCCAGAGUACCAUAAAACUUAAAUGAAACCGUCUCAAAUAGCCGCCUGUCCCUUUUAAUAACUGGGCAGAGGCACACAUUUCAGCGAAUAAACACCUGUUUCAAAUAUACCCCGGGUCUAAAUUAAUUGUUUACAAUGUUACCAUGAAUUGCUAUGAAUUGUUAACAAGGCUUAAUGUUUGAUUUAUUACAUUAAAUAAUUCUGUAAUGACUCUAAAAAAGGAUGGCAAUCAGUUGUUACCGCCAGUAAGAGAAACUGCAAGCCUUUGGCUGCUAAUAGCUGAGAACUGCUAGCUAACUGGCAAACAAAAGACCCCUAGAAAUCAGCCAAUCGCUAUCUAGUUGCGAAAGUAAGAACUGCCGAAAAUGCACACAGUCAUUGUGAAGAAUAAUUAUUCUGUCAAGGAAUUGAAAAAUAAUCAUUGUUCAUGAUUUAGAUUUUUUUUUACAUUAAAUGCUGUAACAGCAGAGAAUAAAACAAUUAAUACAAGUCCAAUGACGGUAGUGGCUGCCCAUUAUUGUGUAUCACUUAUGAACCAUAAUUUAUUCACAUUACUUUAAUAAAAUAUUUCAGUUGCUGUGUAUAUUAGUUGUUUUAGGCCUAUUUGACGACUUUAUUUAAUUCCAAGUCAUCUCAUCUCUAUAGAGCUGCUGCCUAUGCUCUCUGACAAAAUCACUAUUUUGGUAGUUUCUUCCUCUCGAUCAAACCACACAGACCAGAUAAGUAGGCAUACAAUGGAUUAUGGUAAUUGUAGUUCAUUACCACGUUUUCUGCACUGUUGAAUAUUGGCCUGUUGGAAACUACAUCUCCCUACUAUACCACGCAGUUUGCGCUUGAUCUGAUUUAUCUCUAGCAACUAAAUAGAAUUCUAAUAAUUGAACCGACGUUGGUCAAUUAGAUUUUAGUUAAUCUUUCAACACUAGAUGUUAGACCCUGACACCUUAGAUGCCCAGAGAUUUUCUCCUACACUUUUCACAGAUCUUCUUACUGUAAGGCUUAGCUGCAGGUCAAAUUACAUACAGAGAAUUGUAGGUCGUCCCUGCCCUCGAAUCUUAAAUCUGCACCAACAUCGCACACGGUGGUUGAUUUGAUUCCAUAUCUAACCAAUGUGAGCUCACCAUUUUUGGAUCACAGAUCCCAUUUUUGGAUCUCAGAUUAAAUAAAUACAGGACAUCCCAGGGUUGUUCUCCAACGGUGAGUAGACUAAGUGUCCCGACAUGUCUUGGGUCAAUAGAACUGGUGUCAUCUUGAGGUCAGUGAGGUUGACCUCUUGUGCUGCAACACCAUCGUAAUGUCUUGCCUGGCUAGACUAAUGGGAUGUUGGAUGUGGAGCAAAGGUUAUCAAAGCGGUCUCUUUAGGUGGUGGACAGACUCCUCUGUGGUGCUUUUCCAACCCAGCAAUGUCCCUAUACCUUAAAUCCCCCAUACUUGAACUUUGAACCUCCAAUAUAGAUUAGGAAAUGGAAGUGCGCCUCUUUUGAGAUGUAGCAAAUAACAAAGGAGAAUGAGCUUACGAAGAACAACAAAGGGAGAGGAGGAGGAACCCAGCAAAAUGGCAGCAAAGCCUGACAAUCAAACACAGUCGACGUCCUACUGUAGACAUCAAGCAGAGACAGGUACUCUUUCUUUGCCCCUCUCCUCUCCUUAACCCAACACCCCUUCCUCUGGCUCCCGUGGAUCAGCCGUUCUAAAAUGAGGACUUAAAUGCAAAAAUAUGUUUCCUUGGUAGUAUUUGAAUGAAUAUCAUCAGUGUUUUUUUUUUCUCCCGGGCCAUUGCCAGACCGAUCGUUUCCGUUUAGCGGGACUCUUUUGAACGAAAGUGUGUCGUCCUCAGGCCUUUUAUCCACCUGAGGGACUUGGAGACUAAAUACUGGUGUAACAACUGACCACAGAGGGAUAUGAAUGGGGAUAUGAAAAGAUAGAACAAAAAUAUAUAUCAUUUGGUGUGCUUAGUAUCACUUUCCUUUCACUUGUUUUCUAAAUGUAUGUUCUCUUUUCUGGUUAUGUUUAUAAACAAUAUGUUGGGGGGGUACCUCAUGGUUGAAUACUUGGACCCUUACAAAUAUUUGGAGAGUUUUAUAUUUUGCAGAGCGUCCAGUAUUUUGUUCCCUCACUAGGCGCUUUUGUUUUGAACAGUGCCAUGUGGCUCGUCUUUCAUUAGGAGCUUCACUGGGCUAGUCUCUUGUAAACCACUCUUGCACCCCAUUGGCCUGACAGCAGCAAUGACAACAUCCUGAUGGUUUCCUCAGGACAGAGCUUCCAAAGGGUCACUUUAGUCCAUAUAUUGCACUACUUCUGUCACCCUAUUCCCUAUGUAGUCCACUACUUUUAAACAGAAUCCCUUCUUUUGACUAGGACUCUGGUCAAAAUGAGUAGAGUACAUAGGGAAUAGGGUAACAAAAGUAGUGCAAUACAGUAUAUAGGGAAUAGGAUGGCAUUUCAGACGCACCCUUUGUAUAGCCUUUUCAAAGCAGAUUUCUACUCUCAUCCCAGCCUCAAAUGAAAUGUGUAUGUAACAGAGGAACUUCUGUCUUCUCCAUCUUGCAUACAGCCAAGUAUAUUGAAAUUUAUUGGGAUGGUUCUAAUGGGAGACUAUUUCAUUUUUGUAUUAUCCCUCUUGUUUUACUGUGACUUACAUCAAAUAUCUCUGAACCUCUUUAUUAUGAAUCUUUUUUUUUUAAUUUUUUUUUUACAAAUUUCUAUUGGCUACAAUGAAACCUGUCAGCAAACUGCCAUAUCAAUUCUUUAACUUGACGAUAUGAGAUCUGGUAUGAUAACUGACACAAACAUGUACAGUGCAUUUGGAAAGUAUUCAGACCCCUUCACUUUCUCCACAUUUUGUUACGUUACAGCCUUAUUCUAAAAUGGAUUU